AAAACAAAACACCUCAGAUGCUGAGGUUUCAAGAGCCCUUUUAUUUUGGUUCUUGUUGAAAACAUUUUAAUUUCCAGGUCCUAUUGUACAAUACUCCACUUUAUACACGACACAACAUCUUACUCUUCCCCCACCCCCCACCUCCACCCCAACCUGAUUCUCCUUCAAAUUUCUCCUGUGGAUUCCAGGAUCUAGGAAGUCCAUCUUUGGUCCACGUUAGGGGCUCGUUCCCUCGCCAGGAAUCUGGGCUGGAGGCUGCUUCUAAAUAGGGCGAAGACUCCUUCCUGUUCGUCGGGAGCAAUCAAAACCCAAAGCGUCAUUAUCAACGGCUCCCAAGCCGAGGUCUUCUUUGCUGGGGCUCGACGACUUCCUUGCCUCUUAAGGGAUCUGAACGAGAAAACCUCCGUGGACAGAGGGAUGGAGGGCGAGGCCUCUAUUGCCAGGGAGUCUGCUUGGGGCCCGCGAACGUGUCCAAGAGAGCCUCUCCGUCGCUGACCAUCAUCUCCCUCAACCUUAAUCUCGGCUUCUGAGCCCAAGAUCCUCGAGGUCGUCACCGCCACCUCACACCCCGGGGUCGCCGUGACCAAGUGGUCCCGUCCAUCAUAUGUAACUGAUUGAGUUACUCCGACCAAGUCCCCUUGGACUUCACCUCUGCAGAAUAAGAUAUUGAACCAAGACCAAGGGUCAUCGUCACUAUGUCAAGAUAAGCCAGCGGACACGAAGUUUGAAGCUGAACCGAGGUAAAAAAAAAAAAAAAAUCAAGGUAUGAGGGCCAUCUUCUUGGACUCGCCCCCUCCCCCCCUCCCAUAGCCCCGCUUCCCUCCUCGGGACUGGCGGAUAGCCGCAGCUUGUGGCUAGAACUACAACCCCCAGAAUGCUCUUGCGCACGCGCACUGCCAUUGUGAUGCUCCUUUCCCGGUAACUCGCCCUCUCAGGCAAACCUGAAGAUAGCGGCAUUUCUCCGGUGGGGGGCGGAGACCCUCUUUGCCCGACUUCCCUCCCCCUCGCUGAUAGGCAAUGGGAUCAGCCAACCGACGUGACGGAUUCGGAACGCGGCCUCCAAUCAGCGGCUGCGGUGGAGAAGGUUAAAUGGAAGUCACCCUUGGGAGCUGGAUGCCUGUGUAGUAGAUCUACCACAUCAGGAGAUUGCGAUGAGUGGGGGAGGAGAGCAACCAGAUAUCCUCAGUGUUGGUAUCUUGGUCAAAGAAAGAUGGAAAGUGUUGAGAAAAAUAGGGGGUGGGGGCUUUGGAGAAAUUUACGACGCCUUGGACUUGCUCACCAGGGAAAAUGUUGCAUUGAAGGUAGAAUCAGCUCAACAACCAAAACAAGUUCUGAAAAUGGAAGUUGCUGUGUUGAAGAAACUGCAAGGCAAAGACCAUGUUUGCAGAUUCAUUGGCUGUGGGAGGAAUGACCGGUUCAAUUAUGUGGUCAUGCAAUUGCAGGGUCGGAAUCUGGCGGAUCUUCGUCGUAGCCAGUCCCGGGGAACGUUCACCAUUAGUACGACCCUGCGGCUGGGUAAACAGAUUCUGGAGUCCAUCGAGAGCAUUCAUUCUGUGGGCUUCUUACACCGGGACAUCAAACCGUCGAAUUUUGCCAUGGGCCGUUUUCCUAGUACUUGUAGAAAAUGUUUUAUGCUGGAUUUUGGCUUGGCUCGACAGUUUACCAAUUCCUGUGGUGAUGUCCGACCACCUCGUGCUGUGGCAGGAUUUCGAGGAACAGUCCGGUAUGCAUCAAUCAAUGCUCAUCGAAACAGAGAAAUGGGAAGACAUGAUGAUCUUUGGUCUUUGUUCUACAUGUUGGUGGAGUUCGUAGUUGGACAACUGCCUUGGAGAAAAAUAAAAGACAAGGAGCAAGUGGGUUCGAUUAAGGAGAGAUAUGACCACAGACUUAUGUUGAAACAUCUCCCUACAGAAUUUAGCAUUUUUCUGGACCAUAUCUCCUCUUUAGAUUAUUUUACUAAACCUGAUUACCAGCUUCUUACAUCCGUGUUUGACAACAGCAUCAAGACUUUUGGAGUAAUUGAGAGUGAUCCUUUUGACUGGGAGAAGAGUGGAACUGAUGGCUCCCUAACAACAACCACAACUUCCACAACCCCUCAGUUACACACUCGUUUAACACCGGCUGCAAUUGGAAUUGCAAAUGCCACCCCUAUUCCGGGAGACUUACUUCGAGAAAAUACAGAUGAGGUAUUUCCAGAUGAACAACUCAGUGAUGGAGAGAAUGGUAUUCCUGUUGGUGUAUCACCAGAUAAACUUCCUGGAUCUGUAGGACACCCUCGUCCUCAGGAGAAGGAUGUCUGGGAGGAAAUGGAUGUUAACAGGAACAAGAUAAAACUGGGGAUCUGUAAAGCUGCUACAGAAGAGGAGAAUAGCCAUGGUCCAGCAAAUGGUAUACUAAAUGCACCAAGCCUUGGUUCACCGAUUCGUGUUCGCUCAGAGACAACCCAGCCAGAGAGAGAUGUCCCAUUGGUACGAAAGUUGCGGUCCAUUCACAGUUUUGAGUUGGAGAGGCGUCUGACCUUGGAGUCAAAGCCAGACACCGACAAGUUCCUGGAGACCUGCUUGGAGAAAAUGCAGAAAGAUUCCAGUGUGGAAAAGGAACCAGUUAUCCCUGCUUCUCUUCUUCAUAAGCCCUGUACUCCUGCUGUGACCCGCACUGAUCACAUCUGGCAUUACGAUGAAGAAUAUCUCCCGGAUGCUUCUAAACCUGCUUCUGCCAACUCCCCAGAGCAGGCAGAUGGUGGUGGCAGCAAUGGAUUUAUAGCUGUCAAUCUGAGCUCCUGCCAGCAGGAGGUUGAUUCCAAGGACUGGGUGAUUGUGGACAAGGAGCGGGACCUUCAUGAUUUCAGGACGAAUGGGGCAUUAGGGCAUAAAACUGGAAGCCCUUCAGAUGAGGAACCUGAGGUGCUGCAAAUCCUGGAGGAAUCUCCUCAAGAAGAACAGCAUAAAUUAGGUCCUUGGGUAGAAGAUAGCCCUCAAAAAAAUGCAGCUCCAGGGGUGGUCUUGACUCUGUCUGUGGCGUGUCCUGCCACUGCUGUGUUAGAGCAAUAUGCAGAUAGACUAGAACUCCAGGCUGGAGCUGCUGGCCAGUUUCUUGCAGCCACGCCCACAAGCCCAAUGGAGGCUCAAGCAGAAGGACCCCUCACACCAGUUACAAUUCCCAGACCUUCUGUGGCAUCUACACAAUCCACUUCAGGAAGUUUUCAUUAUGGCCAACCCUUGGAGAAAAAGGAUCUUCAACCUCUGGAACAUACUGUUGAACUUUACUCUCCAAAGGAAAAUGUGUCUGCUGUAGUGGGGACAGAGGGUGAACUUCCUAGUGGUGCCAGCAGAACAGACUGGGUGCUUCCUUUGGAUCAUCUAGGUCAGGAUAAUACUCCAAGGGAAGAGCUCACGAGGGAAUGUGUCAAAUCCCAAGACUUGGUUCAGAAAGAGCUGCCCGACCAAAACAUCAAAGUGUCCGCAAAAGAAUUUGAGACUCUCCCUGUUGUGGGAGCUGAUGAGAAGAGCACAGUAUUGGGUUCAGACAAUGAGGAGGAGAAAUUAGGCAAAGGGCACUGUUUCAUUGAAAUUGCUAAUCUUCCAGGAGAUUUAGAAAGGGAGCAUUCACCUACUCCUGAGCUUCUUGAAGAAUUCAGAACACGGACUUUCUGCUUGGUGCCAAAUCAGGAUACAAAUCAUGAGAUAAUGAAGCUUCUGGCAGGUGCAACUUCAGAAAUUUCUCCAGCACGAGUCAUCCACCCACAUGGUGAAGGGCAGAUAGGUCAGGUGAUGGUACAAAAAAGCAAAUUACAAAGAGAUGAGGAUAUCAGUAAGGGGGAAGGUGUGCCCAGUCACCAAGGGGAUCUCUCUGCUUUUUUACAUCAGGAGGGUAAGAAAGAAAAGAUUUCCCCUCGAAAUGGAGAGUUGUUCCAUUGCAUUUCAGAAAAUGAACAUUCUCCCACAUCCAAAAAGGAUGUCAUUAGAUCAUCCUUUAUAACUAGACACAGUCGCAUCCCUGUUCUAGCACAAGAGAUAGACUCAACUUUUGAGUCCUCUUCUCCAGUUUCAGCGAAAGAGAAACUCCUUCAAAAGAAGGCUUAUCAGCCAGAUCUAGUGAAGCUGCUGGUGGAGAAAAGACAACUCAAGUCUUUCCUUGGUGACCUCUCAAGUGCCUCUGACAAAUCACUAGAGGAGAAGUUAGCUGCUGUUCCUGUUUCCUUUCCUGAGGAUGAAGUUUUCACUCCCUUUUCAAGACUGGCAAUAGACCCUCACUUGAGUAGGUCAGCUGAGGACAGCUUUCUGUCACCUCUCAGCUCCCAGGCUAGAAAGAGCAAAAUUCCACGGCCAGUUACGUGGGCUAAUCCAGAUCAAGUCAGUAACUCAGCCUCAGCUCAGUUCUUUCCUCGGCCACCACCUGGAAAGCCUCCAACUAGACCUGGAGUAGAAGCCAGGUUACGUAGGUAUAAAGUCUUAGGGAGCAGCAACUCUGACUCGGACCUUUUCUCCCGUCUGGCUCAAAUUCUUCAAAAUGGAUCUCAGAAAUCUCGGGGCUCUACUCAGUGCAAGAGUCCUGGCUCCCCUCACAGUCCAAAAACACCCCCCAAGAGCCCAGUUGUCCCUCGGAGAAGUCCCAGUGCCUCUCCACGAAGCUCUUCCUUGCCCCGCACUUCAAGUUCCUCACCAUCCAGGGCUGGACGGCCCCACCAUGACCAGAGGAGUUCAUCCCCACAUCUGGGGAGAAGCAAAUCACCUCCUAGCCACUCAGGAUCCUCAUCUUCGAGGAGGUCCUGCCAACAGGAGCACUGCUGUCUUAAAUCCAGCAAGAAUGGCAUGAAAGGAUCUGGCAGCCUCUACCACCAUUCUGCCAGUCCCAAAACUCCCCCAGGGAAGAAUAAGUCAGCCAGUAAACUCAGCAGAUAGGAACCAAGCUGUGUCCCUAUCACAGGUGUGAAAUCCUCCUAAACCUGAUGCAUGUUGUGUCCGUGUACUAUAUAUUUUAAAAAAAAUCAGUGUUGACCUUCACUUGCAAAAGAAAGUAACAUAUGAUAAAUUAUUUAUGAAAAGAAUGUGUGACAAAGAAUUACCAAAAGGCAGGCAGCAAGCAGAUCAGAAAUCAAAGAGUAUAUUUGCAUGGGAAGGGGCAAUCCAGCAACCUCAUUGGGGUGAAAUUUACCAAGUCCAGUAAUCUUUAAUUCCUUAACUGCUUUCAAAAAGAGAGUUGUGAGGGAGGCUGAAUGAAGUUUAUGGUUUUGGCCUACUAUCUAUAUAACAGUUAUUUAAACAAAAUCUGAAAACUAAUAUUUUCAUUCAGGUUUUUUGCACCUUAGAGAAUCGGUAUUGCUCAGAUCAUUUUAAGAAAAUAUGCUAUCUGGAAGCCAGUGAUGAUGAGUGAGUUCUUUGGUUUUAUGUCCAUAUGGUAUGUUGGGUCAUUGUAUAACCUUUGUUCCAAGUCCAAGUGACCUCUUUGGAAUCCAAUUUCACGAGCAAGCCCACAUCUUCAUUCUCCUGUCUCUCACCAGGCUCAUCUUUAAAAUACUUAUUUUAACAUAUCCCAAAAGAGUUUUUAGCAGUGUUUGCUAAGACUUGACUUAGCUAUUUCAAAUCCAGAGAAAUUAGUUCCCUCAUAUUGUCCUUUGAUGCAACAGCUGUACAAUUCAGUACUUCUUAUGGUGGCAGAUAACUAAAGACCUUCUUUCAAGAAUCUAUAGGAGAGAUGAGGGAUAUCCACAGAUUGAUUUGGAAGCCAGAAUCUUUACACUAGUAGCAACUUGGAAGAUUAUAAGAGGCAUGAAAAUUCAAGUUGAGGAAUCAAUUCCCUUGCCUAUAAAUUUACCUCAGUAUAAUCCCAAUCCUCAUCCCCUAGUUCCUUGGAGCACCAGUUAUUUUCAAUGUCAACCCCCAAGAUGUUUCCAGAAAGAGUAAAUGGGAAAGGGACACUGGAUUGUCUCUCCAUUUUUACAUCUCAGGAUUACUUCCUCCUCCCCCCAGAAAAAGGAAUUAGAUAUGUUGUUGAGGGAGGUAAUCCGCAAACCUUACAUUUUGUAAAUUACCUAAUAACUAGAAUUGAUUGUCUGGGGAAAUAAAGCUGGAAGAUCAGGCUUAAAUAGUUAUCUUUGGUGUUUUUUUAAUCCAUCUUUUGCUCCUAGCAGGUCCUACCUCUGUGCCUCAGAUUAACAAUGUUAAGCUUCCCAUCCCAAUUUCUGUGUGGUUCCAUUUAGUAACUAUGGAGGAGCUCAGUGAGAACCCUCUCAUCACAUACUUCUCCCCUUAAAAGGGAUCAACCAAAAUGAAACUAUUUCAGACUUUGAAUUGGCCACCUUGUACUCCAUGUCCCUGGCAUGCUGAGUGUUGUGGAAACCUUAUCAGGGUCAGCUAAAUGGGUCUGCUUGCUGUUGAUAUUUGCCUUCCAGCAAACAAACAUCUGUGCUUUUUUCCUUUAACCUUGUGUUUGUUGCCAAACCUCAUUCCCUUGGUUUGAAAAAAAGAAUAUUUCUUCUCUGAGUAAAAUAUGUUCCGAUGCUGCAUCAAUGUAGCCCUGAAGCUGCACUGAACUUUUUUCUUAGUCUAUGUUUGGACUUUAAAAAAAAAAAUACUCUCCAUGUGUGUACUGUCUCCUAUAAGUAAUGUAGCAUAGUAAGGAACCUUAAUUUCUUUUGGGUUUCAAGCACUACAGAGGAAUGCAUCAGGUAGGGAAUACCUGCUGUUCCUGAAGUAACUGUAACAUUGGCAAGGCCAAUCUCUCUGUAUUAUAUUGUAUAAUAGUUGCUAUAAUAACACUUGCAUGUCUUCAUGGUAAAUUAUAUAAAUAUUUAUAAAUAUAUAUAUAUAUAUAAAUAUAGAGAGACAUAUGCAUAUAAACUCAUUCACUCAUUCUCCAUUUGUAAUUUAUAGACCACAGAUGGUGAAAUCCCCCUUCUAUUGCGUGCCUCAAAUACACUUGGGCCUUGCGUCUUCAUUUUAUGAAAAUAUUUUCUUGGCAUGUGACACCUCAGAGAGAUUCUUCCAACCUUCCCUGUAUAAGGUCUAAGGGUGACAGUUUUCAAAUAAGCCAGAUUUUAGGAGUAUAGUUUAAAUUUUCAUUUAACAAGAGCUUUUAAUGGGAAAAAAAUUACUUGAAAGUGUUGUAUUACUGGUUCAAAGAUUUGUCACAUUAAUCUCAUAGUACUGUCAUCAGGGUUACAGUAUAUAAUCUGGGAUGAUGAUCAUGGUUUAAGUCCAAUGACAAAGAGAAUGCCAUGUUAGGUUAACAUGAAUUGAUUAAAAAAAAAAAAAAAAAAAAAACCCUGUUAUCAUUCCAUUUGCUUUCUUCACUCUUACUGGGUACUUAUAGACUUGUGAUAUCAGAGCUAUAUAAUUUUUAUUUUGUUGUAUUAGGACUAAACCAUGCUAAAAGUAGCCUGCAUUGUUCUGUUCUCUCUAGUCACAACUGUGCUAGUUAUAACCCAUUUUGAAGAGCUGUUGUUGCACAUGUGGCUACUAUUGUAGUGUAUAUGUGAUCUCACUUCCCUGCUGGCAUCUUUGCCAAAUUUUCCCCAAACCAACAUUGAAGUCAGAGUGAUAUAUAAAUGUUUUGGUUUCCCCCUCCCCCUCUUUGGUUCUUCCCUCAUACCCUUGACCUUUCCACUGUGCUGCCCUGCUUUUUUUAUAAGAAGCACUGGCAAAGUUUGUUAAGCCUCAAAUACUACACAUCAGGAUUGAGAGAUAAGCAGCCAUCAUUAUGUAAGAAUAUUUUAUCUUGCAUGUUAAAGAGAGUUAACCAAAGAUGUGUUUCUGCUCUCUCUGCUUUCUUUUAGGGGAAAAACCCAUAAAGUAGCUCUAUCCUCAUAUAUUAUUAAGUAUAUCUGAAAGUACAUGUCCUAUGUAGAGUAUCUAGUGUAAUUUAUUUAAAAGCAUAGUUGUCCUUGAACGGAUUAUUUGUGCUUUUAGAUACUGAAUGUCACUCAGGCUAAAUUAGAGUGUCAUUCCUGAGCUUAGCAGGCUCAGGACUUUUUUUGGGGGGGAGGGGCAGGGAGCCGGAAUCUUGGUUUUGUGUUGUUGUUUAAGUUAGGAUUAUAAAGAAUGAUUUUUUUUUUCUCUAGUGUUGACAUAUUGCAGACUUGGGUGACAAGUGUAGCUUAUCCACUGUCCCCAACUUAAAAGCAGUUCAUUUGAUUAUCCUAAAUAGAAAUGUGUUGAGUUUGAGGGUUUAGGGGUAGGUGCUAAUCAAAGUCAAAUAAAACUAUAUUAAAAUGCAAAUGACAAAAAAAAAUGUUUAAAAUGUAAGGCAAAAGCCAGAACUGCAUUAUGGGAACUCAAGUGCCUCAGUUGAAUUGAGGUUUGGAAGGCAAGCCUUUUGACAGCCUGCAAUUCCUGGGUGUUUUAACAGUUAUUGACUCACACCUCCUCCUAAGCUUCCUUUUCGUCUCCAGUUCUUUGUAAUUGUAUCAGUUGAACAGAAGACAUGGGCAGAAUCAUUUUAAUCAUCUUUUGUAGCUAUAUGAUCUAAUCCUGAAUUUUGCUUCCCAGGGAUUGUAGAUUGGUUGAGACAUUCAAUUAAAAUUCUAUAUGGUCAUUUCUGGUCAUUUCUACCUACGUUUUCAUAUGUGAAGAUAUUUUUGUGUGAACAGAUUCAACGUGGUAAAUAUAAAGAGGAAAACUGGCUCAGAUAAAUUUUACACUUAAAAGCUACUGCCUGGAAUUAUGAGAAUUUCUGAAUUUUAGACUUGUUCAGAGAUGUUCUGUUUCUCUAAUUCACCAUUCCUAUGCAAGCUGGCUUUGCUAAUAAUGAUGAUGUAUUUAUAUUUAAAUUUUAAGUUGCAUGGUAUGAACUAAAUUUCCAAUUUUUCUAUAAACAUUGUGAAGAUAAUCAAGCCCCAAAUAACUAGCAAAAUAGUAGUAUUUAUUGGAACCCAUUGCAGUCAAUAUACACUUUAUAUUAUUUGCUCUUUUCAUUCAAAAGUCUUUGCUGCUUACUAAUGUAUUAUACUACACGUGUAAUUUUUUAAAGACUAUGUAGAAGACUCCUUAAUUAAUCUGAAUAAGUGGCCACUUUGGGAACAUUUUUGCACAGCUGGUGGGAAGGCUCUCAAAUAUUACAGAAGCACUGAUGAGAUUCCUUCCAUUCUAUACACUUCUGUGCUAAUGUUUUUCAAGGUUGAAUUUAUUUUACAGGGAGAAAGCAUAGCUUUAUGCAUGUAAAAACAUAAAUAGUUAAACCAUACCUAACAUUUCUACAUGAGGUGACCAAGUUGAAACAGAAUUAGAGAUUUUUUUUUUAUUGGGAGGGGGGUUCCUAGUUUGGGAAAUUUCAUUCCUUACCUAGCAUUAGAAGUUAGUGAUGGGGAAAUAGUAUCCCAGAAAUCAGAAUUUAAUAGCCGGGGGGUGGGGUGGGAGGUUUAGGGAAGGUACAUUUGUCUUUUUGCGCAUUUUAAACUAUUUAUAAAUGAUAAGUCAAAUUUAGUAGUCACAAGUAACUAAGCUCUUCAGAUUAAAAAAAAAAAAACUUUUUUUUGGUUCCUUUGUUUAUAACAAAAAAAGUGCACAGGUAUGAGAGAACUAUCACUUUUGUUUUAUUCCUGUUCUUUUGUAAUCUUGAUAGUAGGAAGAUUCGGAUAUAUCUGUUUUUGUUUACAUACAUAUUCAUGGAGUAUUUGGGCACUUCAUCUCAGGUGAGAAUGGUCACUUUAGCACCAAUGCCACUAGUGCUGAAAGAGAAAAAUUUAUUUUUUGGCUUCUCUUUGCCUUUGGUCCUGUAGAUAAGACAGACACAGACUUGUAGUCUUACUUUAAAAAGAGACAAAAAUGUUUAAUACUUAAGGUAUGUAGCCACCAUGACUGUCCCACAAGAUCAUCAUGUACUUAGCAACCUACAGAUGCAUGAUUACUUAAGACUUCAGCUUGGAAGAGUGACUUGAAACAACUCCAGUAUCUGAUUUCAGAUCAGGGCUACUGUGUCAAAGAAAUCCAAUUCCUGCUCCCACAGAAUGUAACCAGAGUGGGUUUACACCACCACUUAGGAAAACUUUUAUAAUUUUUGUUGUCCCAACUUCCCCCCACCCCCACCCCAGUAGUGGGCAGUUUUACCCACAGACUUUGGACCUUAAAGAAAUUGUACAUUAUGGGAAAGGGGGGAUUGGGUUUCCCAGCACAGCAAGGGAGAGUAACUAUGCAGAAGAUUCUCAAAGUCAUUCUAUAACUCCCAACAAGUGAAUAUUUUCUAAUUUCAUUAUGGUUUUGUUUACCCUAGAUGCAGAGUUCCCUGCUGGAUAUGACACUACUUUAUAAAGCCAGGCUCCUCUGUGAAGCAGAGAUUUUAUGAUUUGAUUUCUUUAUACUCCCUCCCCCCCCACAAAAAAAAAGUAAAAGGUUCUUCAUAAGAUAAACCUGACCAGAUAAAGUAUCACUUGGCAUUUAUUGCAAUCUGGUGAAUGCCUAUAGCUUUUAGACACAAGAAGUUGAGAAAGUUUCAUGGUCAAGAAGCAAGUCUUCUACAUAUUUAGUAAUUACUUGAAUCCCAUUCCUUUCUCCAGUACUUCUAACAGUGAAUUUCAAGAAAAAUAUUUUGGUAUUCUUCCUGCCAUUCCGUUAAUGAGGUUAUAAUAGGAUGCUGUUAUCUUCUUAAGAUAUAGUAGAAAUGGUAGGAUGGGCACAACUUGUUUCCUUAAGCUUUUCAUCAUGAGCUAUGCAGCCCUGCUUUUCCCAGAUGUCCAAGAAUAUUGGCAAGGUGCCCAUUUACCUAAAGAAUGAGGGAAAAAUGAAAGAGGUCAUUCGGUAAAUAGUUUCUUGCACUAUAGGGGCUAUUCAUUGCAUAAACCAUUACGAACACUUGCCUUUGUGUAAUUUCUGGGUUCCACAGCCUUCUAAAAAAAUUUUUAGUAAGUCAGGUGAGCUUUUAGCUUUUAUUUAACUGUCUUGUUUUUACAAAUUGCAAUUCACAUCUCUAAAAACCACAUCACAGGAAAUAGGUUUCUUUGCAAGUCUGAUUUUAAAUGCAAUUUUUCUUGCAUAUACUUUUCCUUCACUUCUAAUGGGUUAAAGAGAUAUAUUUCUUCUCAGAACCUAAAAGACCAGUGCUUGAAUAUUGAUUGGGGUGGUAGGGGGAAGGAGGAAAAGAUUGAGGUGGAAGAAGUCACAAGAUUUUCCAAAAUCCAUGAGUUUUUCAAGAUACUGAGUUUUCCCAAAAGGAUCAUUGGUUAUUAAGAGACAGUACCAAACGGUAUAAAAUUAGACUAUUCAAAAUUUUGAUGAAAAGACACCCAGUAGAGAAGAAGUAAAGAUGAAAAAAAAGAAAUAGCUUGAAGUCUAUUCUUCAGAUGCUUUAGUAUGGGUUCAUUAGUUUCCUUCAACAUGCUGCUUUUUGGGGUACACCCCACACUAGAUUUCAGUUAUAUAUUGGUUCUAGUUUUAACUGCUUUCCUCAAACAGCCAGUGCCUACAUCAUUGUGCCAUUUUCUUUUACCUAGACAUCCCUAACUUUUUAAAACAGGAAAACCGUUUUGAACUAGGAAGUAAACUUAAGAAACUGUGAAUUGUUAAUGGCUGCUAAAUCAGACUCAAAUAGCAAGCUGAAGGGUAGGAUUUCUUUCUUACUGAAUCAUACAAAUAAGUUAAGUGAACACUCACUUGAUGAUUUUGUUCGACUCCCUGUGAAUCACUGACAGGACACAAGAAGAUGAGAAGCUGUUCUGUGAAAGUAUUGGGGUACUUUGUAAAUGGCACAUCAGUAAGACUGUCUUCUGAUUUUGUUUCUUCCCAAAGGUAUUACCUAUAAGUGUCCCCCUGCCCUCCACAAACAACCCACUUUUUUCCCAUUCUUUUCUCAGGCAACCAAGGACAUAAGGUAUCUGCAGAAACAUGAGUGCUUUCAUAUCGGCCGUUUGUACAUAAAAGUGUAAUUAUUUAUUUAAUUUCCCCAUUUGUAUCAUAUUAAGGCUUUGUACAGUGUUUUAAGUUCUGUUUCAAAUUAUUUUGUAUUUUAUUUUUAUAAACUAGUAAUAAAAUAUUCAUUCCGCAUGCAAA